AUGUCUGAUAUAUUCGCAAUGGACGGCUACGAAGCCGAUCUUGCUGUGGGCUUUUCCAAAUUGAAUUAUCGUCUUCUUGAUGAAGACGCUGCUCCUGUCAGUCCUCAAUCUUAUCCAGAGGUUGUGGUCGAAGAACACAUAAGUGAAACAACGUUAGACGGUCUGGAAACUCACAUAUUCAAGAAAACAACUCUAUUCGGAGAACCAAUUCAUGGCUCAGUCUUUCCGUCAGUCAAGAAGGACCGCAACUACGUGGAAUCGGAGCCGACGAGUGAUAGUGACACAGUUGCGGAUCUCCUCCCUCGUUCCAUUCCCAUCCUCACCCGAAGACAAAGCAGUGCCUCUAGAUUCUCGUCGUCAUAUGAGGUGGAACUUCACGACUCUUUUGUGUCCGCUUCGUUGAAUCGGAGACACCUGGUGAAGCAUUACAGACCGAAACUUACGGACUUUGAAACCAUAAAGGUUUUGGGGCAGGGCUCCUACGGAAAGGUCUUGUUGGUGCGAGAGAAAAGUACCGGUCGCUUGUUUGCUCAGAAGCAGUUGCAGAAGGCUUCUCUAGUCAUUAAUGAAUCUAACGAGAUCCAUGAAAAGAACUAUCAACGAACACUCAAUGAAAAGACAAUCCUUGAGAAAGUCAACCAUCCUAAUAUUGUGAAGCUUUUUUACGCUUUCCAAGAUAACAACAAAGUAUACUUAAUCUUGGAGUACUUAGAUGGAGGCGAGGUCUUUCAUCAUUUGGCGCAGCAACGCUAUUUAAGCGAGAAAGAUGCUAGUUUCUAUAUCGCCCAAAUAAUAUUGGCCCUACGGUACCUCCAUCUCAACUUGAAAGUUAUCUACAGAGACUUGAAACCUGAGAAUUGCAUGUUAAACUCUUAUGGUCAUUUGGUUCUCACGGACUUCGGUCUAUCUAAAGUUUCUACAGACGAAAGCGACAGAAAGCAUUCCAUGAUCGGAACAGCUCAGUAUAUGGCCCCGGAGGUCAUCAAGGGCGAAAGUUAUGAUUUUUCCGUGGACUGGUGGUCUCUUGGAUGUGUCGCUUACGACAUGCUUACUGGAGGUCCACCUUUCACGGGACACACCAAUGAAAAAAUAAUGGACAAAAUUGUCCACUCGAAAAAGUUUCUCAAAUUUCCAUUCUAUUUAUCCUUAGAUGCAAAAGACUUUCUCCGCAAACUUUUGCAGCCAAAUCCUCAAAAGCGGUUUGAUAUAGACAAUGACUUCGAGAAGUUGAAGCAACAUAGAUUCUUCAGAUACCUCGAUUGGGAGAUGUUAGUUGAUGAAACUAAUUACGAAGACAUCAUUCCUCCAAUUUUGCCAGUCAUCACUGAUCCAGUUUUGGCAGAAAAUUUUGAUGAGGAGUUCACAAAUAUGCCGUUCACGCCCCCACAGAGCUCUUUGUUGUGUACUGACAGCGAUGUAUUACAUGUAAAAGGGUUCACCUAUACAAAUGAGAGUUUUUUGGCAAGUGUCUAUGCAGCAAAAUCGUGA